AUGGGAACACCUUUCCAGAUACUUGUGGCUCUCGCUGUUGCUUUAUGCACAGCCUCCCUGGCGACAGCACAGGAUGGUAAUAUUUUUGUUUUUGGGGCCCAUGGUCUGGGUUCGGACCCUGCAGCGCAUCCUGUGGGGGGCGGCAUCCAGUCUAGAUCUCGAACCUGCAGCACAGGAAACAACAAAGACUGCACAAACCAAACUUCCCUUGCUGUGGAGAGUCAGAAGUGUAAUACACAGGACUGCCCAAAAACAAACGCCCCUUCUAACAUCACCCCAAGCAAUGGUCAGUGUGGACAAGCCAAUAACUUCCGAAUCGUCGGUGGCACCAAGUCCGCUAGCUGCGAGUACCCGUGGAUGGUGGUGGUUUACGACCAGAAGAACGGCUUCCUCUGUGGAGGGUCCAUCAUCGACGAGAGCACGAUCCUCACAGCUGGCCAUUGUGUUUCAAACCCGAACAGCCAAAGAAAGGAAGUUCCUUCAGCCCCGUCUGACAUGGUCAUCUAUUCCGGCUCUUCCAAGGUUACUUUUGACUCACCUCCACCCCCCGGUCUCCAUACCAACAGUGCCAGCAAGAUCACCGUGCACGAGAAAUACAACAUCAACGGUGAUCUCGAAAACGACAUUGCCAUCAUCAAACUGAGCAAACCUCUGACCUUUGACCGGUGCCAGCGUCCAGUAUGUCUAGUGGACGGCUCUAAGACACCACAGGAAGCUUCUGGUUGCAAGACCAUGGGAUGGGGAGUCACAAGCAACGGGCGUGAUGCCAAGUCACCGGACGACAUGUUCUGGACAACAGUGAACAUCGCCACAGACCUGACGUGUAGGGAUGAGUAUGGCGGCGACAGCACCACUUUCUGUGCCGGGGGAAACAAUAAGGAUUCUUGUAAGGGAGACUCUGGCGGUCCUCUGGUGUGCAAGGAAGCAGAUGGACGAUACUACCAAUACGGCAUCGUCUCCGCUGGACCGGAGAACCAAUGUGGCAUAGUCCCUGGCCUCUACACUAGAGUCAGUGCCUUCCUCUCCUGGAUUAGCAGUCAUCGCAACUAGAAUAUUAAAAGGAUCUCAGAUUCGUGAUAAGCCUUAACAUGAAUGUCAACCAAAAAUUGCUUGUUAUAAUAAACUAAAGACUUAACUUCGA